CAAAUAUUCUACAAUUUCUUUUGCACUUAGAAGUCUCCCUACACAAACCAUAUACUUUACCAAUUCCGACAUUGUCAUUAACUAUGGCAUCCAUAGGUUCUCUGAAAAUAAUCGCUGCUCAUGGAUCUCAGCAUGCUAGUUAUCAAACCCAAAAGCAGGUAGGUUCCAGUUUCUUUCAGCACUUUCCAGCCAAUAAAAGUUUAAAAUUCUCAAGUCCCACUCAAGUACCUAUACCGAGAAAUUUCAAGAACACUACUAUCAAAGCAUUUUUCUUCAACAAGCCCAAGCAGCCACAAGAAUCUCCAAAACCAGCAGCCAAAGUUCAAGAACUGUUUGUGUACGAGAUCAACGAGCGUGACCGUGGCAGCCCGGCAUACCUAAGGCUAAGCCAAAAGUCGGUAAACCACCUUGGUGACUUAGUGCCAUUCAGCAACAAACUCUACUCCGGGAACUUACAAAAACGGUUAGGAAUAACCGCCGGACUAUGCAUCCUCAUCCAGCACGUGCCUCAAGAGAAGGGUGAUCGCUACGAGGCCAUUUACAGCUUCUACUUUGGCGACUACGGCCACAUAUCAGUGCAAGGUGCGUACCUCACCUACCAGGACACGUGGCUCGCUGUGACUGGUGGAUCUGGAAUAUUCGAAGGGGUUUCUGGACAGGUGAAGCUUCAGCAACUUGUGUUCCCUUUCAAGCUCUUCUACACUUUCUACUUGAAGGGUAUCCCCGAUUUGCCGGUUGAGCUUCUUGGAAAGGUGGUUGAGCCUUCGCCUAAUGUUGAACCGUCUCCUGCUGCUAAGGCUGCUGAGCCUCAUGCCUCUUUACGUAAUUUCACCAACUGAUGAAUGAGGAUGCAAAAAAAUUGAACUUGAUAGGCUCAUGGUCAUACAAUCAAAAUUUUCUGAACCCUCCCCGAAAUAAUCCCUUUGUUUAUGGUAUUAUUAUCGUUCAAUCUUCUUGUGUAAGAAGUGACUUUUGGAUGUGGCGAAUGUGUUAGGUAAAAAAGUAAUUGGAAUUUGGAAAAAUAUUGUGUGUUAUUCGGGAAUCAAUUGUUUGAGUUUGGGUCGCA